CCUCGCCUGUUGACCCCGGGCCCGGAAGUGACGUUGGGGCGAAGAUGGCCGCCCGUGGUACCUGCUCUCGGGUGGGGAAGGCGCUGGCCCUGGGGGCGCUGCUGUAGUGUGGGCAGGAGCCGGGUGCAUCGGCUCAAGCUGCAGGAUGAUGUGAGGCAGAAAGUUCACCUCAGCACCUUUGGCUUCUUCAAGAGUGGGUUCAUGAUGGUCAAUGUCAGCAACCUUUCACUGGAGGGACCUUGGAGCCUUGAUGACAAGAGCAACUCAGCACCUGCUUGUGAAUGCUCCACUUGCCUUCAUUGUGUAAAAGAACCCUUUCAUCUGUCUAGUGUGAAAGUAGAGCCCUCUUCAGAAGCUGCCGCCCAGUUGCCUAAAAUUUUCUUCAUGACUGCCGAGACUGCCAUUGCGUUGGCUACCAAGACUUCAGAACAAACCCGUGAGUCUGAGCGCACAAAUGUGGGAAGCAACCAAAGUCCUGGUGGCCCAGGUGACAAGUCCAAAAGAAGCAUAACAGCAACUCAGAAUGUAAUGGAGCAAGUGCACAAUUUUCAUAAAGAUAAAGGAACUGUUUCAUUCCCGUUUUAUUUUAAUAUCAGCUCUGAAAAUGAAGGUCUGUACACUUUCUUCCACAAGUGUGUUGGCAGUGUUGUGCAGACCAGUGAUCAGCUCCUCUUGAGCCUUGAUAUAGAGAUCAAGGAAAAGAACCCUGAAAGUUACCUCUCGGCGGGUGAGAUCCCACUUCCAAAGCACUACAUUUCUAUGGCUCUCCUCUUCUUUCUUUCUGGGACCGUGUGGAUCCACAUCCUUCGUAAAUGCAGGAAUGAUGUGUUUAAGAUUCACUGGCUAGUGGCAGCCCUCCCUUUCACAAAGUCUCUGUCCUUGAUGUUCCGUGCAGUAAAUAUUCUCUAUUUGUUUCUCCCUUAUGGGGGAAGUAUAUCGGGGUGGAGAUCUGUGUAUCACUGCUAUAUUUGUUCCUUUUUUAGGCUGAAGGACCUUCUGCUGUUCAUCACCAUCGUACUGAUCGGCACUGGCUGGGCUUUCAUUAAACACCUUUCAGAUAAAGACAAAAAGGUCUUUAUGAUUGUCAUCCCACUACAGGUCCUGGCAAAUGUGGCAUACAUCAUCCUAGAGUCAAGAGAAGAGGCAACAACUGACCAUGGGCUGUGGAAACGAAUUCUAUUCCUGGUAGACCUACUGUGUUGUGGAGCCAUCCUAUUUCCAGUAAUAUGGUCACUAAAGCACCAGGAGGCCACACAUUCAUUUGGUGAUGCUGCUAUUAUCCUAGCAAAGCUGAAGCUGUUCAGACAUUACUACAUUAUGAUUGUAUGUUACAUUUACUUCACACAGGUCAUUCCAAUUGUUGUCAAGUUUGCUGUUCCAUUCCAGUGGAAAAUUUUAUUGCAGCUGUUGGAUGAAAUGGCAACGUUUGUGUUCUUUGUUCUUACGGGGUACAAGUUCUGUCCGGCAUCAGGUAACACUACCUACAUCUCUCUAGACGAUGAAGAUGACUUGAAGGUGGAAGCUGUGGUGGCUACUUCAGGGGUGAUGAAAAGCAGGAAGAAGGUCAAGAAAGUGGUAAAUGGUUCAGCAGAACCCGGGCACAAGUGGAAGAACACAGCACGAGGGGCCGAUUCCCCUGGACCAAGGCAGCACUUUCCGAGAAAAUGUUACUGUACUAAUACUACUCCGUGGAAAGAGAGCAAUCUGAGCUUCCCAACGCUGGGACUGCAGACUGGGUGUGUGGAGGGGAGCAAAACGUUGCAAAAAGCUAAUUAUUCCGCUUUUAAGGAUAUAGUGUUACACACAAGGAAUCUGUAGCAUUCUUAGGGAUGCUGGGUGGCUUAUUUGCCACACACACACCUCUCUUUCUGGAACUAUUAGGACUUCUAAAUUGUUUGCAGUUGUGUUCUCUGGAGUGUGUAAUAUCAAUAUGAAGAGAGACCUAUAGUGUGUGUGGGUAAAGUAGAUAUUUAUAUAAUGCAUAUACACACAUGCUGUGUGACACCUGCGCUGGAAAUUAUGAAGUGUCAUGAAAGGUGGGGAAGUGGGAGGGGCCAUCAGAGGAGCUUGUUCUUGUGGAAUGAAAAGGUGGGAGAACCCCUGAAAGAAUUCUGUGACUAGCCUCUAUUGCAGCACAAGUCUCCCCUCUUUUUAUAUUGAGCCAUAUUGCCUCUCUUGCGGGUGGCCUCUUGCUUCUAGCUAGGAUGUGUAGCAUCAAUGAGACUGCUGCCUAAGCAGUCGAAUCAGUCAGGAAGGCAUAUAGACUGCAGCUACCAGAUACCAGGCCUUAAUCUUCAUGAAGAGAUCUGGACAUUGUGUUGACGGCGCUUCUACAGAAGAAUGGCAGUGUGGGGUUCCAUCAUGUAAAUGUGCUAACACCUCUCAGAUCACAAACCCACUAGGGAUCGGAUUUGGUGAAUGACAGUUGCAGAACUCAAGUCUCCAGGGACUGGAGAAUUGGAACCACUGGGAGCUUUGUCCUUUCAAUAAAGACUGGAACAGGAUGCAGUGGAGUUUGGUUUUAGAAUGUUGAUUCAUUUCUCGUUUGGACUGGAGCUGAGAUCGCAAAGCUUUUAAUAAAAGUUUUAAAGAACUGA